GCAGCGUGCGGACACCACACCGGCUAAUUCCUACUUCCCUUCCCUUCUCUCUCGCUCUCCUUUCUCUCUCUUCAUUCCUCCUAUUAUUCAUUCUCUUUCUACCACCUCCUUCUCUUCUCCUUCACUUCACUGUCACGCUGUCACUUCACUGUCUCGCUCUAUCGCUCUCUCUCUCUCUACAUUUUCCUUUCUCUUUCCAUUGCAGUAAGUGUGACCAAAUGUAGUUAGGCAUAGCAGUUGACGGUGUGAAAGAGAGAGAAAGCCAAAGAGAAAGAGAAAGAAAGGAGAUAACGCGUGAGAGUGUGGUGUAUAUAGGCGUGCGUGUGUGUGUGUGUGUGUGAGAGUGUGUGUGUGUGGUGCUCUUUGGCGCCAUGGCGAGACGACUGGACCCCGAGGAGGAAAUUGAUCUGCUUGAGGACGAGGACGACGUGGACGACCAGCACCAGGACUAUUACCCCGGACGCUACCAGGGGCAACAGCAGCACCAGAGGCAACAGCAGCCCCAGAGGCAACAGAACCAGGGGUUACCGGACUACCCGGACUACCCAGAACAGCAGAGGCACCCGCUGCCCGAUUACCCAGAGUACCAAGCGGACUACCAACCAGAACUGCGGCCGACCAGGAUACCGGCCCGACUACCAGACUACCAGUCAGAGCACCACCUGCAGCAGCUGCCAGACUACCCAGAGUACUCGGACUACCAGCCGGACUACCAGCCAGAGGGCCAUGAUGACUACCCAGAGCAAGGCCAGCCCCAGCCCCCUCCACCCCCACUCCAGACGCAGCCGAGCUGGAAGACCCCUCUAGAGACCGUGCUGGAGGAGGAAGAGGAGGAUGAGGAGCAGGAGGAGGUGGAGGAGGAGGUGCGGGAGGAGUGGGAGAAGGGAGGGCUGAGAGAGGAGCCGGUGGUGGUGGAGGUGGAUCUGGAUUAUGAUGACGUCAUCUCCACCCAGAGCUCCACAUCUCCGCUGAUCAACGAGAGGGACCCGCGGCAGAUGAACGAGUGCCUGAAGCUGAGUUUCGAGGAUGUGAUCGCUGAGCCUGAAUCUGUGCGUAGCGGCGACCGCAUAUGGAUCUGGAGCAACGCGCUGUUCGAGUUGGCCCGAAUCUGGUUCUACCGCAUCGUCACCGUGCUCCUGGCCGUUCCUGUCUCCAUGGUUACCGGCAUGCUCUUUGGGAUACUCAGCUGCUUACAUAUCUGGUUCCUGACACCCUGUGUGAAGAUCACGCUGUUGAACACCCCCUGGCUGGAGACGUUGUGGAGCAGUGUGCUCGAUGUCUUUGUGCUGCCGCUCCAGCGAAGCGCCGCCAACUGCUACGGUCAAAUCGGGGUCCGCAUAGCACGGGAAUGAAAAGGGCUCCAGCGAAUCAGUGAAGAGGGGGAAUGAGACAAACUAGUGUAAGGACCCCAACCCAACUACAGCACACCGGCUGGCUGGUGAGCAUCAUUGGAGAAGAGUGUGUCUCUGGCUUAACAUCAGCUAAUUCUGAUGGACAUUAAGGUGGGGAAUUCACCAAUGCACCUCUGCAGACAGAGACAUGCCAUCUGCCUCACCCACAUUGGACAUCAAGGCCCGGGCACUGGAACGAGUUUUAAAGUGGUGGUGCAUUUUUUUCCUUGAUUCUUUAUUUCUUAAAAAAUGGCAGUAAAAGUUGAGAAUGCCUCAUUUAGGGAGGCCAAAAGUGGGGAUGUGAAUGCAACACUUCAUCCUCCUUUUCCGGCACCUAUGUUGGACAUGAAAGUCAAACUGAUGGAAUGCCAACACAACAUGUUUUUGAAUGACACUGUCAAGACGAACGUGGAACACAGAUUGAUAUUAUAAAUACUGACUGUGACUGCACCUUUAUGCUGCCAAUGGAUUCAUAUGGACAGAUAGGAAUUUAAUUUUGAAAGCAUUGUUGUUCUAUGUAUGACUGCAUUGACUGUUUGUUGAGUUCUGAAUGAUGGUAGUUUAGGAAAUUAGUCAUUUAUUUCUUGCUAUGGUAUCAUCCUCAGGAUUUUACUGAUUAUAAAACGAUAUGUAUGCUGUUUAGUUUUUUUAAUGGAUAAAUCAAGCAGAUUAAGGAGUUUUUAGUUCAUUAUUACAUGUAUUAAUAUAUUAUCCCUUUGGCCGUCUCUCUUUC